AUGGGAUCCUCACACGCUCCAGCCGUGAGCGGGACAGCGAUCGAGCCGCAGCAGUCCGAACACGAAGCGAAAGCUCCGGAAAAUCCAGCCGCUGCAGGCCUCUUGCACAAAUCUAUGACAGCAGCCAACUGGUGGCGGCUGCUGCCAUUAGAGCCUGCCAAAUUUACGCGCGUGGUGGUCUUCGAUACAGAGACAUCAGGCUUCAGCAACGACGACGAGAUCUUGGAGAUUGGUGCCAUUGAGCUGGAGGUGCAACCACCAAGUCUCCAAAGUCCUCCGUCCAAUUAUUCAACUUUGAGCUCUACCGGAGUGUCAUUCCACAGUCUUUUGAGACCAACGCGGAGAAUCAACUCCAAAGCGUCUGAAGUGAAUGGCCUUUGUGAAAAUCUGCUCACUGCUGCAGCGCCAAGAAAAAGGGCUCUGCAGAACUUCCUGCGAUUUAUCUCAGGCUCCAAGGCUUCAAGCGAGGAGCCGCUGGUGCUGGAGCAAACGGCUUUGAUCGCGCACAAUGCAGCUUUCGACAUGAGGAUGCUGUCCAACGACUUGCAGCGCUGCGGGCUUCAUCACUGUAGCAGCAGGUUGCGACAGCACUUAUUUUGCAGUGCAGAAGCUUUUGGUGCUCUGAGGCCCUCAAGCCCAAGAGAUCUGACAACAGCUACUUGCUCGGUAUAG